AUGGCCGGUCAUCUAGUGCGUAUAAUCAAGAGACUUUACAAUGGUUCGCUGAAUCAGCGGAAUUUGGUUACUCUGCCAAUAAAUUUUGCAAUCAACUUCUCACCAAUCUUUCUAUGGUUGGCUAUCUUCAAGAACGCUGGGCUUGUGCCUAUCGAUAUUCGGCCAAGUAUCCAUAGUAAAGCUGCUUUUUUUUUGGAUGCAUACCUCUUUGGUGAUCAUGCUGAUGAGUUGUUUUUACAGUUAAAUGAUAAGAAAUACCGUCUGUUGAGUUUUAUCAGCUCUUUUGCAUUCAUGGUAGUCUUUCUAGUGCUAUUUCCUCUAGCUAUAUGGUACUACAUCUACUAUAUCAAGCGGGUCAAGACGAACGUGCUUGAAUGGAACGAGCAAGUGUUCCAUUUUAGUAACGGCUCGAACCCAAAAAGAUUUCGUACUUUAGCCAUUCCAUUCCUACUUCCACUCGUCUCUUUUCUGCUCUUAAAUAUCGAUUCACUCUUUGCGCUGCAGAGGCAGGAGAAUUUUGCCAAGUGGAAGGAUAUGUUGGCUUGGUUUUCAUACGUUAUUAUGCAUUUAACUGCACCCAUCCUUACGGCAGUUUACCUAUAUGUGUUCCAACCUCCUGGAACAUUAAAAUGUUUUGCAUUUGCCCUAGGUUUCCAAAAUUUAAUGGGCGUUACUACACAUUUGCUGCUCCCAAUGGCUCCACCUUGGUUUACUCAUCUAUACGGGAUUUAUGACACCAAGCAUGUUAAUUAUACACAAGAAGGCUACGCAGCAGGGCUUACAAGAGUGGAUGCCCACUUGGGGACUCACCUCAACACUUCAGGUUUCCAUAUGUCCCCAAUUGUAUUUGGAGCUGUGCCAUCAUUACAUUCGGCUAUGGCCUUCCAAUGUUUCCUGUUCCUUAUCACACGCUCUACUACACUGAAAAAUAGGUUUGCAUCCGCUAUGCGCGCGUUUAAUGCCACCAAGGAUCCGGAGACUCUCGAACUUACAUCAUUACAGGACUCAGACGCAGAUGCUGAUAGCAGCAUAGCGUGUGAGGAAGAGAGCGAUACUCUCGCCUAUGUGAAAUACUAUGACUUCGAUGCACAAUUCGCCAACAAAUGGUAUUUCGCACUGUUCAACAAGGCAGUCUUGCCCCGUUUACUCGGUACUGCAUUCAUCAUCCUGCAAUGGUGGGCCACAAUGUACUUGGACCACCAUUAUAGGUUCGACCUUUUCAUCGGCAUGCUCUAUGCGCUGCUGUGGCAUAUAGUAGUCAAUUCGCUAAUCCUCCAGCCGCGCGUGCUCGCACCAUGGGUAAACGUUCGUCUGGGCGAAGAACCAGAUUCAAAGAACGAAGGAAGGACCAUGGGCAUGAGAGUCUUUGCUAAUACUAGACUCGAAUGGUUCUUUGACCCACUAGCAUAA